AAUUCAAUUUUUAUUUUUAUUUUUCUAACCAAAAUAUUUUUAUUUUGCAUUUGAGAAUCUCUCGUAUUCAACACCACCACCACCACCACUUCCGGCGACCAUUUCCUCCGAAUUCCGGCGACGCCACGCACCUGAAACCGCGAAGGCAGGGUGUUUGAACAACUGAAUUGUUGGUAAAAUGGUUUCCUUUGAGAUGAAUGAUCGAAAGAAGAUUGGAUUAGGAUUAACUGGCUUUGGUAUAUUUUUCUCAUUUCUUGGGAUUAUCUUCUUCUUUGACAAGGGAUUGCUAGCCAUGGGAAAUAUCCUGUUUGUUUCCGGAGUGUCCUUAACCAUUGGGCUAAAAUCCACUAUGCAAUUUUUCAUGAAACGCAGUAAUUUUAAGGGAACAAUCUCAUUCGGUAUCGGGUUCUUUAUUCUCAUCAUGGGAUGGCCUAUUUUUGGCAUGAUUAUUGAGGCCUACGGAUUCAUCGUAUUAUUCAGUGGUUUCUGGCCUACACUGGCUGUUUUUUUACAGAAGAUUCCUGUUCUUGGCUGGGUGGUUCAACAACCAUUUGUUCGAUCGUUGUUUGACCGCUACAGAAGCAAGCGAGUGCCCGUGUAACACAGGAAUCUACGAAAACAUAAUGUAAUCACUAGCAAGUGCAUUUGUAUGUCGAUGUAAAGAAAAUACUCGUAUGGAUAUCUAACUGAAUUGAGUUCGCUUUUUGAUGGUAGAAAAUGAUUAUCAUUUUAUCAUGGUAGUCGUUUAGUGGAAAGGAAAUUUGCAAAGGGAGAAAAAGGUUUCAGUUUUCACUUUAUUAGUUUGGCUCCUGUUGAUUCUAAUGAUUGGUGCAAUAUCAACCGAUAUUGGGAGUGUUCAAUUCCAUUUAGUUUACGUUAUUAUUCCAAUCAGAGACCUUUGGGGAGUGUCCCCGCCGAGUAUCAUGACGAUGGCUUUUGUUCACACUUAUAAAAGAAGUGUAAUGGUUUUACAUGAUGUCGUUGCAGCAAUAUAGAACCAUUCUCUCU